CGCAAUCAGAUCCGACCUUGCAAGCAAACCGGUCAAGAUGGCAAGACGAGUAGCUAAGCAUGCAAUUGACUGGGUUGCCUUGUCGAACAGGAUCCCAGAAACACAGAAAGAAGCAUUCAGAUUAUUCCGAACAACAUAUGACAAAUAUGCGCAAAAAGUGAAUGACCUGCCAGCAGAACUGCCGCAGAUCAACUUUGCUGAAUAUGCCUCGAAAAUCUCCAACAAGGCCAUGCUUGACCAGUUUGAACAGAUGUAUGGUAAGGUACAGGUGCCGUUCCCAAAGGAUGUUGAUAAUGUCAUGGAGGCUGUGAAGAAGGAGGAGCAACAGACGAAGAGCAGAGCAGAGACAUAUGUGGCUGGUCAGCAGAUCAAGAUGAAGGAAGUUCAGGAAAUUCUGGACAUUAUUGGCACAGUGCCGCCACCGGAGAAGAUGUCAAUACAGAUGUUUAACCAUUACUUCCCCAACAUGGCGAACAACCCUAACUUCCAGAACCCAGGCUACAUGCCCCAGCAUAUACCACAGUUACAGACAGACUCAACAGAGAUCGGUCGCUGGAACACGCGGGACGAUAGAUAUAUGAUUCAACUUCCUCUGGAGAAAGAGGCUGAUGAUGCCAAGAAAUACCAGCAAAUGGAAGCAGAGAAGGCCCAGGAGCUUGAGGCCGGGCAGCAGCCACCUGCCAAGAAAUGAGAUGCUUAUGCAUCUUGAGUCUGCUGGAGAGGUGGUUGUGUUUGGGACCGGAUAGAAUGUUCCUAAAUUUUGAGUGUUUAGCCAAGAAAAAAAUAAUUUCUUUGAUAAAAAUUGCGAGAAAAAUAUUUCAACAAUAUUCAAUUUGCAACACUAUAACUGUAAAAUGGUAAUAUUUUAUAUAGACAAUAAAAAAGUUUAGACAAAAUAUGACUUGAUGUGUGCUCUUAAUGAAAAUUUGACUAUUGUAUAUAAUAGUGUUUGAUUAAAUGAUUACAAAGUG